AUGGAGAAAUUUAGCCUGCUCUGCUUGAAUGACAAGAAUGUACUAUUUGAUAUCCUUUCGAAAUGCCAUGAUCUCAGCCUCCCAAUAUUCUCGCAAUGUCAAAGAAAACGGUUUUUAUUGCUGGCCUUGAGGUCUGCGUUAGCCCUGGAUUGUGUGGAAGAUGUCAUUUGCGUGUUGAAAGAGAAUCUCUUUAACCAAAUCCCAAGUCUUUAUAACACGUUUGUUCUGUUUAUUUACCAACUUACGGCGGCAAGUUCUAAAAGGCAUGCAGGCUUUUUGGAGCUUAUUGAGGAUAUCGAAAAGGUUUCCGAUACCAAGCUGCUUGCUUUGUAUGUGCUUGCAAAUUUAUCCUGCGAUAAAGCUUUGAUGCUGCAUCCUGAAAUUAAACAAAGGCUGGAGCAGCAGAUCAGCACCAUUGCCAAUUUGUCUUCACAGACCGUGACGCUCAAGAAGCAUAAUGGCAAACCCGAGCCCUCCAAAAAAAAUCAGAAAAAGAAACUUCGAAGGAGAAAGCUUUACCUUGAAAAGCUAUCUAAAAAAAACGGUGGCGCCAUCCCACCUCAAAAAGCUAAACCGCUUGAUCAAUGGACUCCAAAACCAAAGAAAAAGAUUGGCAAAAAGAAAACCUACAAAAAGCCUAAUGCUGCCACCAAAUAA